UAAUCGUUCUCAACGUUUUUAAUAAACACAAACAUCUUUUAUAUUUUAGUUAACAAAUAAAUAAUUAAAUUAAUUAACUAACUAAUUAAUUAAUUUAAUUUAAAAUGAAUUCUCCUAAAAAGGAUUCGAAGUGGGUCUGCUGCGAAACAUCAUCAGAAGGAAGUUUUCAUUUGCCACCUGCAAUAUGCAAAAAAGAGUUAGUAAUAACGUACAUAGAGUCACCAUGUAUGUUCUGGGCCAGUCUUGUCAAUCAGAUGGCCAAGCAGAGUGACAUUGAAAACAGAUUGGCUGGUAUAUGUGACGGUUUGCCAAGAUUGAAAGGCCCUCCGUGUGCAGGCAAGAUAUAUGGAUGUGUAUACAGUGUAGACAAUAACUGGUACAGAUGUAAGAUAUCGCAAGUUAUUAACAAGGCCCAGUCUGAAGUGUUGUACGUCGACUAUGGAAAUCGCGAAGUAGUUGAGAACGCUUGCCUGGUGGAGUUGCCAGCCGACCUCGCCGAUCAGCACAUACUCGCCUAUCCCUACUGGCUACUGAAGCUGAAGAAUGUUAAAUCAGAGGCUCAGAUCGAAAAGGGUAUAGAAUUUUUGGAGGAGUUGAAGUCGGCCAAUCCUCUGAAGGCCACGAUGUAUUCCAAGACGAAAGACUCGGUCAUCCCUAUUACAGUGGUCCUAGAUUCGGGCGAUGACCUAGCCGAACUUUUAGUUAAGAAAAAUUUCUGCCUCUACAUGACCAAUGAUGAGAUGAGAUUAAAGUUCGGAGUGCCAGAGUUUUUCACCAAGUCCCCCUCCAUUUCUGUGCCGAAUGAUGUUGCUCAAGAUUAUGCAUCGAGAGUUUCACAUUCCUUCUGCAAGGAUAAAGUUAUCGAUAAUUCUAGAAACGGUUACAGCAUCAACAUCACAUCGACAGCGACUUCAGCAGCGGCUGCAGUAACGACAAAACCGACGCACACACACAAUGCCUACUCGUCGCCUGUUAUAGAUGGCGGUCCAGUUAGAUUAGUGAAGUUGAAAUCGUCAGGGGGCGUUAGGGACGACCAGGUGACGGAGUACGAACCCUCGACUAUAUCGAAGGUGCCUCACGGGGACUAUGCCCCCAGCGUGCCAAAAAAUGUGCAGUCUAAGCAGCAGCAGCAGCAGUUGCAAAUGCAACAGCAGCAGCUGAAGCAGCAGUUGCAGCAGCACAUGCAACAGCAGAUGAUGGAGAAGAAAAAUAUUGAGUUUGGAGUUAUUGAAUCGUCGUUAAAUUUUAAGAAGGGAGAAAAAGAGCUGGAAAGCAUGUUGGAAUCUAGAUCGCAUCUUGUAUCAAAUAGGUUGAAGAGUUUAGUUAUAGAGGCGAAGAAUCUGAUCAAGAUGAAAGUAAAACAGUCGAAACAAAAUGAAUUGAAGUUUGAGCUGGAUAAAGCAAGCGACAUACUGAUAUCCUUUCAGCCGACCAAUCCCAUGCUAAGGAAGAUUGCCUCAGUACAGGCCGUCUUCGACAACCUCCAGUCAAAGAUUAAGGCUAAGAAUGUCAUUGAUGAUGAAUUGUUGAAGUUGAUAUCGGCCAGAGAUUCAGCUCGUAAACUUCUAUACAGCGACCUCGAGGAACUUUCCCUCAGAACUUCACAACUUCCCAUUGAAGAUAUAUACGAGAAGGUCAAGUUCAUCCUGAAGAGGUUAGUGAAACCGGAGCAUCUGACGGAGUUGGAGAAGCUGGACCCGAUGAAACAGUCAGACGAUUCCUCCUCAUCUUUCACCGACCUCCCAGAGGAUAAGUUCCAGAAUGCCAUCCUGACCUACCGAUCUUGGAGGAUGAAUAAUGCAAAAGACAAUAGAUUUGUUGAGAUUAAAGUUGAAGAGAGGAAAAAGCAGAUCAUACAAGUUAUGAACUACGUGGUUUUGGUCUUGACAGAAGAGGAAGUAUUCGACAAUCGCGAGGAGGUCAUCUUCAACAACCUGGACGAGUGCAUCAAAGAGUACGAGGUGUCUGCCAGAGAGGAGAGGCAACAUCUCAUGAGGAAACUAGGUUACCAAGAAGAUCAGUUCUUUGGACAACAUCAGCCAGUCUCGCACUGCGUUUCUAACACAACAGUUUACACGAGCAGUAACUACAGCAAAGAUCUCAACGCUUCGGCCGUUUCUGCUGCCGCGGCUGCCGC